CUCUCUCUCUCUCUCUUUCAACAGAACAGUUCAUUUUUUUUUCGGUCGAUACUCUCCUGUGAAUGUUGUUGUUUGUUGUCGUUGUUGUUGUUGAGUAAAGAGUGAGAAGAAGAGACAACGGGUUGAGAGGCCAGUACUACCCAAAUAUAUACAGUAUACACACAUAUAUCUAAUACUACCAGUGCUGCAAAAAUAUAUAUUAAACCAAAAAAUUAUUAAGCCCCCCGCCUAAAUAAAAAUUAAAAAAAAUUGUUGAUUUUUUGUUUGUUAUUAGUUUUGAUUGUUUGUUUUUUUUUGGUGCCAAUCAUUCAUCAUAGUCAUCAUCAUCGCUGCUGCUGCUGCAACUGAUCCUCUAUCAUCAUCAUCAUCGUCAUCAUCACCAAUACAUAAUCAUCAUAUCAUUAUCAUCUGAUUCUUGGAUUUUUAAAAAUAAUUGUUUUUUUGCAUAUUUUUUGUUGUUGUGGAAUUUUCUCUCAAAUUUUAAACAAAAAAAUUAUAAUAAUAAUAAUAACCAGAAAAUAAAUAAUUAUUAACCGAUUAUUAACAACCAAACAACCAAAAAAAAAUGUCCGAAAAAAAUAAAUUAGAAUUAAAUAGUUUCGGUGGAACUGGUGCUUCUGCUGGGGAACGGUAUCAGCCAAAUGCCAACAAUACUGCCUCCUCAGCCAAUUCAGGCGGUGUUGGCGGUGUCGGUGGCGGUGCUGUGCCUACUGAAGUGAAACUAGUCGAUGGAGAUAUACCUGAUAGAGGACAGUGGUCGGGAAAGAUGGACUUUCUGAUGUCGUGUGUCGGCUACGCCAUCGGCUUAGGCAAUGUCUGGAGGUUUCCUUAUCUUUGCUAUAAAAAUGGUGGAGGUGCAUUCCUAGUGCCAUAUAUUUUGUGUCUAUUAUUUGCUGGAAUUCCCACAUUCUUUUUGGAGGCAUCUCUGGGCCAAUGGCUCGGCAUCGGAGGCGUCAGUGUUUGGAAAAUCUGUCCAAUUUUCAAAGGUGUGGGCUAUGCAGCAGCGGUGAUGGCAUUUUGGCUGAACGUCUACUACAUAGUAGUACUGGCCUGGACACUGUACUAUCUGUACUAUUCGCUGGCCUCGGACGUACCGUGGAGGGGCUGUGAUAACUGGUGGAAUUCGGUCAAAUGCAAGUCCGAAUACGAUUUGGCCAAAUCGGAACGCGAAUGUCUGGCCAGAAUCGGCGUCAAUGCGGCCGUCUGUAAGGCCAACUCGUCAUACUUUACCAGUCCUGUCAAAGAGUUCUGGGAGCGAAAUGUCCUCCAGUCCACUCAAUCAAUGGGCGAUUUUGGUAGUAUACGUUGGCCACUGGCCUUUACACUGUUGAUUGCUUGGGUGGCCUGUUAUUUUGCCAUUUGGAAAGGGGUCAAAUGGACUGGCAAAAUUGUAUAUGUUACAGCAAUAUUUCCAUACGUUUGUCUGAUUAUAUUAUUAUUUCGCGGUAUAACACUUCCCGGUGCUUGGGAUGGCAUAAUGUAUUACAUAACACCAAAACUCGAUCGUUUAGGCGAUUCACAGGUAUGGAGUGAUGCGGCCACACAAAUAUUUUUCUCCUAUGGCUUGGGAUUAGGCGCUUGGAUUGCUUUAGGAAGUUAUAAUAAAUAUAAUAACAACGUUCACAGAGACGCGCUUAUCAUAUCGUGCAUAAACAGCGGUACCUCAAUGUUUGCCGGAUUUGUUGUCUUCAGUAUUGUUGGUUUUAUGGCUAAAGAGCAGAAUAAACCCAUAGACCAGGUGGCUGUCUCUGGUUCUGGUUUGGUUUUUUUGGCCUAUCCUUCAGCGACACUACAGCUUCCCGUAGCACCUCUCUGGGCGAUACUGUUUUUCCUAAUGAUUAUAAUGUUAGGUAUGGACAGUCAAUUCUGCACAAUGGAGGGCUUCUUCACGGCCGUCAUCGACGAGUUUCCACGACUUCUUCGGCCGCACAAAGAAUUGUUCAUUUUGUUUGUCAGUGUUGUCUCCUAUUUGAUUGGACUGGUCUUUGUGGUCGACGGCGGCAUAUAUUGGUUUGAGUUAUUCAAUACAUAUGCAGCUUCUGGUUUUGCACUGUUAUAUCUGGUCUUCUUUGAAGUUAUCGCCAUUUCCUGGUCUUACGGCGUUAAUCGAUAUUAUGCUAAUCUUGAGGACAUGAUAGGCGGGAAUCUGUGUAUAUGGUGGAAGUGCUGUUGGUUUGUCUUUACGCCUACCAUUUGCUUUGGUGUAUUCAUGUUUAGUCUGGUCCAGUAUCAGCCGUUAACCUACAUGGACUACGACUAUCCAUGGUGGGGCGAGCUCAUUGGGUGGUUUUUAGCCCUGUCCUCUAUGCUAUGUAUACCUGGCUAUGCUGUCUAUAUUUAUUUCAAUACACCGGGAGAUUUUGCCGAAAAAAUGAAAGCAUUAUUCAGACCCGAUAUCAGUGAGAUCGAGGCCGAGAUCAGACAGCGGGCACUAAAAGAUGCCGGUUUGACAACUGUAACACCAGUUUAACGAUGACUGAACCCCUUUUAUUAUUAUUAUUAUUAUACAGUAUAUUAUUGUAAAAAAAACAUAUAUAUACAAACAUAUACCAUACCAUAUAACAUAUCACCAGUUAGAUAUUUACUUAACUAUGGAGGAGGGGUGGGUGUUAUUUUCGGACAACAAAAUUAACAUCGAUUAAUGAUAACACAAACAAUGGGGGUAUGAAUUGAUAAUUUUAAAAAAAAUUAAUUAAUUAAAUUGGUUUUUUUCGGGACAAUAACAACAACAAAACACAUCAAUCGGUUAGUUACCAAAAAAAAAUACUACUACUAAUAAUAAUAAUAAUUAAUA